AUGGAUAUAGAUGAUUAUUCAAGAGAUCGUUCUCGUUCUCCUGUUAGGGACAGAUCUCCAGUAAGGGAUAGAACCAAUAAUAAUGAUGAUGGUGGUAGUUAUGAAGGUUCUGCUAGAGAUCUGUAUGGAAGAAGAGAUUAUGGAAGACCAACAUAUGAUGAUAGAAGAGGUAGGGAUUCAUAUAAUUCAAGAGGAGGGGGUCGUGGAGGUUUCAGAAGUGAUAGAGAUUAUUCAUCAAGAAAUUAUGGAGCUGCUUCUACUUCAACUACUGGUGAUGAUUCUUAUAGAUCUAAAACUGAAAGAAAUUAUGAUAAUUCAAUAUUUGUUGGAAAUAUUCCUUUUGAUGCUACUUCAAAAGAUAUUGAAAGAAUUUUUAGUAAUGAUCUAGAUGUUGUAAGAGCUGAUAUUGUUACUAAUAAAGGUCAAAGUAGAGGUAUGGCUACUGUUGAAUUUAAAGCAAAAGAUGAUGUUUUAAGUGCUAUAUCUAAAUUUGAUAGAUUUGAAUAUCAAGGUAGAGCAAUAUUUGUUAGACAAGAUUAUCCACCACCAGAAAAGAAAGAUUUUGGUGGAAGUAGAUUUGGAGGAAGAGGUGGUUAUAAUAGUAGUUAUUAUGGUGGUGGUGGUAGAGGAGGAUACGGAGGUGGAUAUGGUGGUGGUUACGGAGGUGGUAGAGGUGGAUAUGGAAGUGGAAGAGGUGGCUACGGUGGUGGAUACGGUGGUAGAGGCGGAUAUGGAAAUGAUUUUGGUGGUAGGCAACAAUCUUUUCCUCCACCAGCACCAGGAACUGAAGUAUUUAUUGGUAAUUUACCAUUUUCAAUCAAUUGGCAAGCUUUAAAAGAUUUAAUGAGAUCAGCUGGUAAUGUUGUAAGAGCAGAUGUAAGAUUAGAUGAUAGAGGAUUUUCAAAAGGGUUUGGAACUGUUGUUUUUGAAACUCCAGAAGAAGCAACAAAAGCUAUUGAACAAUUUGAAGGUUAUGAAAUUGAAGGUAGAACUUUGAAUACAAGACCCGGAAAGGGAGCAGAAUUAGCUGCAUCUUCUUCAUCAUCAACAAAUGGAUACGGAUCAACACCAAGAUUCACUAAAAAAGAAAAUUCAGAAUUCACAAAGGGAGUUACAGGUGAUGGUGAAUCAUUAGAUACUAUUUAUGUAUCAAACUUACCUUUUAGUACUCAAGACGAUGAUUUAUAUGAUUUAUUUGAAACUAUUGCAAAAGUUAAUAAAGCCGAGAUACAAUAUCAAGAAGAUGGUAGAGCUAGUGGUAAUGCAGUUGUUAGAUUUGAAGAACCCGAAUCUUGUGACACUGCCAUUAGUGAAUUAGAUAAUUAUGAAUAUGGUGGUAGAAAUAUAAAAAUUACUCAUGCUAAAUUACCAGAAAAUUGA